CGGAAUUUCAGCGAAAGAAAUCCUGCCAUAUAAUCAAUUUAAAGGUUUUAAGAGGCUGUUGUUACCAUUUGGUUAUUCCUUUAAUGAUUCUGGCCACUCUACAACGAAGCAUAGGUACAAUCUCAUAAAAUUGUCGACAGCGGCGCACAAACAGCUUUUACCAAACUUUGAAAUAGAUUAUGAUUUAUUAUCAGGCAAUAAAGUUAUUGUUAAUGAUCAAUUUCAUCCUUAUGCGCUUAGAUACGCUGGGGCAUCAAUUUGGCUUCUUUGCAGGUGAAUUGGGGGAUGGUAGAGCAAUAACUGUGCUCGAUACAGUUGAUGCAAAUGGUCCUGUACAGCUCCAACUUAAAGGUGCCGGUCGAACGCCAUUUAGUCGCUUCGGUGAUGGAUAUGCAGUUUUGCGUUCAUCAGUACGUGAAUUCCUCGCUUCUGAAUAUAUGAGCGUACUCGGUAUACCAACUACCCGGGCCCUCUCUUUGAUAAGCCUCCCUGAUUUGGAAGUAGAAAGGGAAACGGUCGAAACUGGUGCAAUUGUCGCACGAUUGGCUUCUUCUUGGUUAAGAAUCGGUUCUUUCCAGAUAUGUAACCCUCCACAAGGCUCAUAUUUUGGUUUAGAGAGAGAUUGGUCGACAAUGUCUCACCUUACACAUCAUGUCCGAAAUGAGCUAUUUGAUGGCAUCUCUUUCAAGGAUGUCAUUUUGGAAGUUGCAAAACUUAAUGCAAGGACUGUAGCUCAAUGGCAAGCUGUUGGAUUCUGUCAUGGCGUCUUGAACUCCGAUAAUAUCUCGCUAUUAGGUUUGACGUUAGACUAUGGUCCAUAUGCGUUCAUGGAUGUUUACAACUCAGGACAUAUUUGCAACCACACUGAUCAAACGGGCUUUUACAGUUUCAAAAUGCAACCAAGCCGAGUGCUCUGGGACUGUCAACAGCUGCUUAACAGCACAGCCGAAGUCGUCGGGGCUGAAGAGGAAGGCGUAGAAAUCACACCUAAAUUUGCAUUUGAUGAAAAUGGUAAAGAACACUUUGAUAAUCUCUUCAGAUGGAGAUCGAAAGGACUGGAAAUCAGUGACGAGAUUGAUGACAUUUUUAAGGACACUUUCCAAGAAGAGUAUUUAGAACAGAUGGGCCUCAAAUUAGGUCUCAAGAAACUCACUAAAGCUGACCAUUUAGAUAUUGUCAAUGUCUUCCUGACUAUAAUGCAGGACCAAGAAAACGACUAUAGCUCUACUUAUCGUGCACUUUCUAGUUCAAACAAUCCAGAAGAAAUUGCCGACAGGAUACUUGCAUACAAGCCAGUGACAAGCUUUUUGCAGGAUGGUGCAAAGGAUGCCUGGUUAGGUUGGCUUACUACCUACUUCGAUCGCGUUAAUCAGGACAUUGAAGCUGGAUUGUGGGGUGAUAAAGAAAAUGCUCACGAAGAACGUCUCAAGAGUAUGCGUGCACACAAUCCACGCUUCGUAUUGAGGCAAUGGGUACUGGAAGAGAGCAUUGCAAAACUGCAAGCUGGUGAUCAAUCUACAUUUGACAAGGCUUUCGAGAUGUCUCUCAAACCAUUCGAUAAUUACCACGAAAACGUAGCAGAUGAUCAACUCAAUGAGCAGCAACUAGAAGAGAAGCGUUUAUGCGGAUUAGGUGAUGAAUCUCUCUUGGGAUAUCAAUGCAGCUGCAGUUCGUAACGAUAUGAUACGUAUGAUUAUAUAAUUGUAUAAAUACAUUAUUCAUGACUUAUCGCUUU